UUUUUGCAGUUGGUAUUUACAGACCUGUUGUCGGCAUUAUCGAUAACUGUGCGCACGUUUUGCUUAAAUAAAUGAAAAAGAAAUUAAUAACAAAAGCUAAAGCGCUGCCCCAGCGUGAUGAUAGCGAUGAGGAAAUCAACGAGCAGUCCGCUGAUGAAAGUGCAAGUGCUGAUGAGCCGAUGGAGCCCAUGGACGACGAUGAAAUGGACUUGGCCAACUUUAAGUCUAGCGAACCAACAACAAAACCUGUAAAAAAGCGCAAAAAGGGCAUUAUUUAUAUAUCCAACAUACCAAAGCAUAUGAAUGUUACACGUUUGCGGGAAAUACUUGGUGAAUUUGGUAAAAUUGGACGUGUUUAUCUGCAGCCGGAGAAGAAACUUGGUGAUAAAAACAAAAAGAAAAACAAGCGCAAACGUUAUAAUAUACACUUUACUGAGGGCUGGGUGGAAUUUGAGUCAAAGCGCGUGGCUAAACAAAUUGUCCCGCUGUUAAACAAUAAACAAAUUUCCUCGCGCAAGAAAUCCCAGUUCUAUGAUUCGCUCUGGAGCAUGAAGUACUUGCCACGCUUCAAAUGGGUCCAUCUAACGGAACGCAUGAACUACGAGCAGGCUGUGCAUAAGCAGCGUCUGCAGACAGAAGUUUCCCAGGCGCGCAAGGAAACGACAUUCUUCCAGAAUAAUUUGGAUAAGAGCGAGCAUUUGAAAAAGUUGGCGAAAAGGGCCAAAAAGCAAAAGCAGGAGACGUAGCGCUUGUAGGUGCUUACAUAUUUUACUUAAAAUACGUGUAUAUGUAGUUAAAGAAAUAUAUUUUUAAAAAAGAAA